AUGGCCUUGGAGGCUCCACACCUGCUGCUGGUCCUAUUGGUCCUGCUGGUCCUGGUCUCAGGUUCCUGGAUGCAGAGCCUUGAGGCAGACAUAGAGCAGAGAGAGGUCGAGGAGGCACUGCUAGUGACCUGCAGGUACUCACACCUUAGAAGGCCUUAUCAAUUAAGAACCUGGUGUAGGAAAAAGCCAAAUGGCUGCAAUAUGUUAGUCACCACUUCUAAGCCCAGGACAUUGGCUCAGGAUAACCAAUACACAAUCUGGGAUGACCCUGACUCUGGCUUCCUUAAUGUCACCAUGGCCAAGCUCAACAAUUAUGACAUGGGACUCUACUGGUGUGCAACCUUUAAUGUUUCCUCACACAUCAUCAGUCAGCUCAGAAUGGUUCCUGUGGUGGUGAAUCCAGAGACACAGCAGUACCAUGGGAACAGCAGCACUGUAUGCCCUCAGCCCAGUCAAGACCCAGGGGCCCAUGGGCACUCCCCACUGAGCCUGCGGACCCAGAGUGACCACUGA